GCGCGGGGGCGGGGCCUGCGCGCCCGGCGGGGAGGCCUGCUGUCCACGCGCCUGCCGGCCUGUGACCUCGCGGCGCCGCCUCCGCAGGAGCACUUACCCCGAGGUCCGCCAUGAUGCCCGUGGCGGUGGAGGACGUCAUGAGGUUGCUGUGCUCCAUCUCCGAGGAGAGGAAGAUGAAGGCGGCUGUCAAGCACUCCGGGAAGGGUGCUCUGGUCACCGGGGCCGUGGCCUUCGUUGGUGGCUUGGUGGGCGGUCCACCGGGACUAGCCGUUGGGGGGGCCGUCGGGGGUCUGUUAGGUGCAUGGAUGACGAGUGGACAGUUUAAGCCAGUUCCUCAGAUCAUAAUGGAGCUACCGCCUGCCGAGCAGCAGAAGCUCUUUAACGAAGCCACUGCCAUCCUCAGGCACCUGGAGUGGACGGACGCCGUGCAGCUGACCAUGCUGGUCAUGGGCAGCGAGGCCCUGCAGAAGCAGCUGCUGGCGAUGCUGGCCAACUACGUCACCAGGGAGCUGCGGGCAGAAGUGCAGUACGACGACUAGGCCUCGGCCCUGGGAAGUGGGGUCCGUUUGGAUGAUUCCCCCGACUCACGGGAGGUGACCGGGGAGCUGUGGGAAGCCCACAUCAUCAGAGUAUUACCUAAACUGUAGCAGCAUCUCCUGCUGAAGAGGCUGCUGCUCUGCUAGGUCAUGUUGUGGAAAUUAUGGGAGAAGAUGCUGCGCUUUAUGGCUGUGUGCGCCUGUGUGUCCUGACAGCCUUUGAGGGGGAAGCUGGCGAAUAGCAAGGCUGUGCCUGCUGCCAUGUGGUGGCGGUUUUUUGAAUCCACACUUGCUCACACAGGAGCCAGAAGCAGGUCAGCACGUUCAGUCUCUCAUCUCAUUGCAAGAAGAUGACGCCUGUCCAGGCACCCAUUGCAGGACACCUUGGGACCUGGGGGGCUGGCCCCUGCUGGAAUCAAGUUUACCUCUUGAUUAUCCUUUCACCGCCCAGUGACUUCUGAGUGGCCUCAAGGAGGGGGCAGUCGGCCUGCUGAGUGAAGCCAAGAAUGCCAGUGGCGCUCUGCCCCUCCCCCACUAGCUGCCAGACUACCUUCUCACCCUCCUGGGGGGGCUUGCUGUCCCCAUCUGAACAGUCACGGUAGUUCUUUUGUUCAGCUUUUUAAAUUAAGUAUUUUCAGUAAAAGUAUUUCUCUUUCUGAAGUGGUAGGAUCAUAAACUUACCUAGACACAGGAAACAUCUCCAUCCUAAAUUUCCCUAAUACUGUUUUUGCUUUGCUUUCAGAACCACAACUUGACUGUCAUCAAAUCACAGUAAAUGUUUUCUGAAUAGUC